UUCUAGGGGUAGAGAACGUAUUUGGUAGUUUCAUUCUUCUAUUGUAAAACUAGAUAUAGGUAAGGAAAUUCACUUAGACAGCUUUGAACAGAUAAACAGGCUGUCAAUUUACACCAACUGGGGUAGAUAGCUAGUUAGCCUAAACCCCCACAGACUGUUAUCACAUUAUUUUGAGUGAGGACGAGCAACACCCGGCUACCUAGCUAAACAAGGGUAGAAGACUAACAAAUGUACUAAUUCAAACGUAUUACCGCAUCGGGGACAGACACAGAGCCGUUAUCCAGCGAUAAACAACUUUACUACAUUUAACAACUACAUUGAGACGACAAGUAAAUCUACAAUAGUUGUGAAUUCGGGCACCAUGUUCAAAAGGAAUGGCAAGAAGGACCCAGAACUAUUCCAAAAUGUGUCGGAGGGGCUGAAAAAACUGUACAAGACCAAACUCUUUCCCUUGGAAGAUACCUACCACUUCCACGAUUUCCAUUCACCGGCUUUGGAAGAUGCCGACUUUGACAACAAGCCUAUGGUGCUCUUGGUUGGCCAAUACUCCACGGGUAAAACCACAUUCAUCCGGCAUCUUAUGGAGCAAGAUUUCCCCGGCAUGCGGAUAGGGCCCGAACCGACCACCGACUCCUUCAUAGCGGUCAUGCAUGGCGAGCAGGAAGGGCUGAUCCCAGGCAACGCUCUAGUAGUUGACCCCAAGAAACCCUUCAGAAAACUCAACGCUUUUGGCAACGCCUUUCUUAACAGGUUUGUGUGUGCUCAGAUGCCCAACGCUGUGUUGGAGAGCAUCAGCAUCAUCGACACCCCAGGAAUCCUGUCUGGAGAGAAGCAGAGGAUCAGCAGAGGCUAUGACUUUGCUGCAGUGCUGGAGUGGUUUGCUGAGCGUGUUGACCGCAUCAUCCUGCUCUUCGACGCCCACAAACUAGACAUCUCGGAUGAGUUCUCUGAGGUGAUCCGCUCCCUGAAGAACCAUGAGGACAAGAUGCGGGUGGUUCUGAACAAGGCGGACCAGAUUGGCACACAGCAGCUGAUGAGGGUUUAUGGCGCCCUCAUGUGGUCUCUUGGUAAAAUUGUCGGCACGCCAGAGGUGAUCCGGGUGUACAUUGGUUCUUUUUGGGCUCAGCCGCUCCUGGUCGCAGACAACCGGAAGCUUUUUGAGGCUGAGGAACAGGACCUUUUCAAGGACAUCCAGGGGCUGCCUCGGAAUGCUGCUCUGAGGAAGCUCAAUGACCUCAUCAAGCGGGCUCGCCUCGCCAAGGUCCACGCCUACAUCAUCAGCUCUCUAAAGAAGGAGAUGCCCAACAUGUUUGGGAAGGAUAACAAGAAGAAGGAGCUGAUCGCCAACCUGGGGGAGAUCUACAACAGGAUUGAGAAAGAGCACCAGAUCUCACCUGGAGACUUCCCCAAACUAGCUAAGAUGCAGGAGAUCUUGGCUAACCAGGACUUCAGUAAGUUCCAGACGGUGAAGCCCAAGCUGCUGGAGGCUGUUGAGGACAUGCUAGCCAACGACAUCGCCAAACUCAUGACCCUCGUCCGCCAGGAGGAGGCAGCCAUGCCCAGCCAGUCAGUCCAGGGUGGCGCCUUCGAGGGCACCAUGAACGGGCCUUUCGGCCAUGGCUACGGCGAGGGUGCAGGCGAGGGCAUUGAUGAGCUGGAGUGGGUGGUGGCACGAGACAAACCCACCUACGACGAGAUCUUCUACACCCUGUCUCCAGUCAACGGCAAAGUGUCGGGCGCCAUGGCCAAGAAGGAAAUGGUGAAGUCCAAACUGCCCAACACAGUGCUGGGAAAGAUCUGGAAACUGGCCGAUGUAGACAACGACGGUUUCCUGGACGACGAAGAGUUUUCCCUUGCCAAUCACUUGAUCAAGGUGAAGCUUGAGGGUCACGAGCUUCCCACUGAUCUGCCAGAACACCUUAUCCCCCCCUCCAAAAGGGGACUGUAGAAUUGGAAAUCAGGUCACUCAACAAAUCAAUAAAGGAUUACAAAGAAAUAAGGGGAACUCAUAAAAAAAUAUAUGCUGGGGAACAUUCUAUUUAAUCCUUGUCUUCCAUUAAGUUCGAUUUGUGUCUGAGUUUAGUCAAUUGUUUAUUCUACUUACAGAUUUAUAAUCAUAAUAUAUAAUUUCUAAUCAAAACCAUUUGUGUAUGUUUAGCUUUUCCUAACGCCAUUAUAAAGCAAAGUGUUCGUAGUCUGAAAACAAGAGUUGCAGAAGCACAGGCACCCAUGGCAGGGUAAAUAUAGGUCACCCCACAAAAUGCUAACAAUGGACAAGCUAUUAGUGUAUUCUUCCAAGCAUGCCAAAUACUUCUGCUUAUGUUCUCUUGUGUAGACUCAACUGACAUGCAGACUGAUCAUUAUUCUAACCUUGGGGGUGAAGGGGGAAUAUAGAUAAAUUCAGGUUGAUAUCCCUCAUGUCACUGCCUUGUAGAGUUAUUAGCUUACAGACAAACUAGUGUCUUGGACGACCUUGCCUAGCUACUACCUAGUGUCUUUUUGAACAUCUAUCUGAAAAGGCUCCAGUAAACCAUAUAUUAUGUCAAAAAUAGGAAAUGUAUGUGAUCUAGCUUAAGCUACAUUUUGUGCAGUUUUUUUAAACCUCAAAUAUCCAGCCCAUACUCCGAGGCUUUCCACUAUAGGGCUUUAGAAUGCAACAACAAAAUAUUGCCUUUCCACUCACUGGUUGCAGGGAACAUGGGGGGUUGGGCAUACAGUAUGCAUUGGCAAGAUAUCUGAUAAAAUAUAUUUAUGGAAAACCAAUUAACUGAUUUUGGGGACAUAGUACCAACUUAAAAAUCCCAGUUUAAUCCCUGCCAGUCACAUCUAAAUGUUCAUAUGUACAUUGUUUUUGGUCUCUAUUUUGAAAUAAACGUUUUAUUAUAAUA